AUGGCUGGUGCGUGGACAAGACGCGCAUCCUUGAUCGUUUUCGGAAUCUUAUUCUUCGGAAGUUUUUUUGCAUUCUCCAUUGCGAAAGAGGAAGCAGCCAAAUUAGGAACGGUUAUUGGGAUUGAUCUUGGAACAACUUAUUCAUGUGUUGGUGUUUACAAAAAUGGGCACGUUGAAAUCAUAGCAAAUGACCAAGGUAACCGCAUCACCCCUUCGUGGGUCGGCUUCACUGAUGGCGAGAGAUUAAUUGGUGAGGCUGCAAAAAACCAAGCAGCUGUUAAUCCCGAGAGGACCAUCUUUGAUGUCAAAAGACUUAUUGGCAGAAAAUUUGAGGAUAAAGAAGUUCAGAGAGACAUGAAGCUUGUUCCAUACAAGAUUGUGAACAAGGAUGGAAAACCGUAUAUUGAAGUAAAGAUCAAAGAUGGAGAGAAGAAGGUCUUUAGUCCAGAAGAGAUCAGUGCUAUGGUUCUCAUAAAAAUGAAGGAAACAGCUGAAGCAUACCUUGGAAAGCCAAUUAAGGAUGCUGUUGUUACCGUCCCAGCUUACUUCAAUGAUGCCCAGAGGCAAGCCACCAAGGAUGCUGGUAUCAUUGCUGGAUUAAAUGUUGCAAGGAUUAUUAAUGAACCUACAGCAGCUGCCAUUGCCUAUGGCUUGGACAAAAAGGGUGGUGAAAAGAAUAUCCUCGUCUUUGACCUUGGUGGUGGGACUUUUGAUGUUAGUAUAUUGACCAUCGAUAAUGGCGUGUUUGAGGUUCUAGCAACAAAUGGAGAUACUCAUCUUGGAGGUGAGGAUUUUGAUCAAAGGGUCAUGGAGUACUUUAUUAAAUUGAUCAAGAAGAAGCACGGGAAGGACAUCAGUAAGGAUAACAGAGCUCUUGGAAAGCUGAGAAGAGAGAGUGAGCGUGCUAAACGAGCUUUGAGCAGCCAGCAUCAGGUCCGUGUUGAGAUUGAGUCACUCUUUGACGGUGUCGAUUUCUCUGAGCCACUUACCAGAGCUCGCUUCGAGGAGUUGAACAAUGAUUUAUUCAGAAAGACCAUGGGACCUGUUAAGAAAGCCAUGGAGGAUGCUGGUUUGGAGAAACACCAGAUUGAUGAAAUUGUUCUCGUUGGUGGAAGCACCAGGAUUCCAAAAGUUCAACAGCUUCUAAAGGAUUACUUUGAUGGGAAGGAGCCCAACAAGGGUGUGAAUCCAGAUGAAGCAGUUGCUUACGGUGCUGCUGUACAAGGAGGAAUCCUGAGUGGAGAGGGAGGUGAUGAAACCAAAGAUAUUCUUCUCUUGGAUGUGGCUCCCCUCACUCUGGGUAUUGAAACUGUUGGAGGAGUGAUGACUAAGUUGAUUCCUCGGAAUACAGUUAUCCCAACCAAAAAAUCUCAAGUGUUCACAACUUACCAGGACCAGCAGACAACUGUUACCAUUCAGGUCUUUGAGGGUGAACGGAGUCUUACAAAGGACUGCAGGCUACUUGGGAAAUUUGAUUUAACUGGAAUACCCCCAGCUCCACGGGGAACUCCUCAAAUUGAAGUUACGUUUGAGGUUGAUGCCAAUGGUAUACUUAAUGUCAAGGCCGAAGACAAGGCUUCUGGGAAGUCUGAGAAGAUUACAAUCACCAAUGACAAGGGUCGUUUGAGCCAAGAAGAAAUUGAACGUAUGGUUCGUGAAGCCGAAGAAUUUGCAGAGGAAGACAGAAAGGUCAAGGAGAAAAUUGAUGCCAGAAACAGCUUAGAAACAUACGUUUACAACAUGAGAAAUCAGAUCAAUGACAAGGACAAGCUCGCAGAUAAACUGGAGUCUGAUGAAAAAGAAAAAAUUGAAACAGCAACUAAGGAAGCUCUUGACUGGUUAGAUGAUAAUCAGAACGCUGAGAAGGAGGAUUACGAGGAAAAAUUGAAGGAGGUGGAAGCUGUUUGCAACCCAAUUGUUACAGCAGUUUAUCAGAGAUCGGGAGGAGCCCCUGGUGCUGGAUCUGAAGAAGAAGAUGAAUCUCAUGAUGAGCUGUAGAGAAGUAUCUGAUCUACUUGGAAUUUUCUUUUUUUUUUUCCCUUUAAUUUGGUAUGUAGGACUGAAAAGACGUAGGAUAGGACAACAAAUGAUUUAUCAAGGAUUUCCUUUUUCUGUCCUGGAGACAAAUUGGAAUAGGGCAGGAUGGAGAAGGACUAAAGACUAAUGGGGGAUCGAGAUCACCACAACUCCCUGCUUUCCAUCCAUCUAGUUCCUUUUUUCAAUAUAUGUAUAGAGAUUUAUAAAUGCGGAUUGAGACAAUGUACCCUUUUGAUGUAGUGAUUCUCGCGCAACCGAAGAGUUUAUGCUUUAUUUUCA